AAGUGGAAGCAGUAGCAGAGUCUUGUGGGCGGAUCAGCGCCUCCUCUGGGCCUCAGCGUGGGUCUCUGUGGGGCAUCUACCUUGGCUAUCAUAUUAGGGGACGCCACGGCCGCUGCCAGCGACGUCGCGUCCUUGCUAUUGGCAGAGGCUGUGAGUACGUGUGUCUUCUUGACGGCCUGGGGAAUGUCCACGUAGCUGUCCAGGGGAGCGGCACCCACCGUUCGGCUCUCUGGCGGCACGAAAGGGGCCGUGACGCCCCAUAGCAUCGACCGCUCCUCGCGCUGUAGCGACAUCGUGGCCAGACGCGCCACUUGCAGCAACUUGUCAGUCACAGCAUCGGCCACCACGAGCUUCUGCUGGCUCCAUUUGGUCAGAAAAGUCUCGCACGCCGGAUAGGGACGUGGCGGCAGCGUCAGCUUGGCGUCGGGCGCCACAACGCGGAAGCCGGCGGCGCUCUCGGCCUCGAUCAACUGGAGAAGUACGCCUCGAAACGCCAUGGAUGCGGACUUGAAAGUGACCUAGAGUUAGAUAUGUCACUAUGGAGAGGGAAUCCAGUGACAAGAUAUCUAGUGCCGCGAAAAGACGCAAAGCGACCCAAAUGCUUGUCAUUUGAGUAUCUUCCUCCAAGUCCCUUCACCUUGUCUCCUAGUUGCUGCGAUGCCUUCACACACCGGCGAAGAUCCUCACCACCACAGCCACCACCAAUCGCUGAUGGCGGAGGAAUUUGCCAUGGGUGACGGCAAAAAGCGCCACGCGUUGCUGACCAACGACGACGUCUUCGCCGAGGAGCAGCAGGCCCGACAGGAUGAGCUAGACGCGCUAGUGGGUAGUCUCGCGCAGCCAACAGAUCUGGAGGCGCUUCAGAGUUUCCUGGCCAGCGACGCUGCCCAGAAGGACAAGAUCGAUCAGCUCGUCAACUUCUUGGCCGAUGGCCCGGUACCGGAGCCUCACAACGAGCUUGUGGCGGAGACGGAUAUCUUUGCCGACGAGCAGGAGAAAAAGCAGAAAGAGUUGGAUGAGCUGGUGGACUCACUGUCCGACAUCACCGUGGCCCCGUCUCCAGCCACUGCUACGGCCACGGCCUUGUUGGCGUCGGACGCCAACGACGUGGACUUCGCAAGCGCGCAGGCUUCGUUCCUCAACGUUAUCGGGGGCGCCGUCUUGCUGCUGGUGGCUGUGGUGCUGGUCGUAGUGACCAAACGUACGCAGUCGAAGCGCGAGGAAGAGGAUGAGCGCAAGGAUUUCGGCUACAGCAUCUUGUACGAGUGAAGCGUCACCUAUGUGGUCUACAGUAGCAGACCCUUUUUACACAAUCAAUACGAUGUAUUGUCAUAACCAUGUCUUUUGAUGCGAUACGGGGCUAACAAAUGUAAAUUGCAUGAAGCUCUUCGAGCAAUGCUCAUAACGUAUGAUCGCU